CUUCUUCGGUGACUUUGUUUUGGUCGCAAAGAGAGACUUGACUGAGUUGUUUAAACCGGUCAAAGAUGAACAGCUUCUGCUCUCUUUUUUUUUUUGUUCUUAAUCAACAGAUCGUCUUCACCAUUGAAGAAUCGUAGUACCAUCACGUUUGGGUGAAGUUCCUCUCUACCUUAAUCGGCUUCUUCAAUAAUCUCCCACUUGUUUCAGUCAGAAUGGACCUAUCUACUCUAUCUCCUGCGGAGAUCACGGUGAUUGGAGCCCUGUUCUGUGUUUUGCUCUCGAUGCACUUCACCAUGCAGCUCUUGUCCCAGCAUCUCUUUUACUGGAAGAACCCAAAAGAACAGAGAGCCAUUAUCAUCAUUAUACUUAUGGCUCCUGUUUACGCUAUCAACUCUUUCGUGGGAUUGUUAGAUGCUAAGGGAAGUAAACCCUUCUUCAUGUUUCUAGACUCUGUCAAGGAAUGCUAUGAGGCACUUGUCAUUGCUAAAUUCUUGGCUUUGAUGUAUAGUUAUGUAAACAUAUCAAUGAGUGCACGGGUUAUCCCUGAUGAAAUCAAAGGGAGAGAAAUCCACCAUUCCUUUCCAAUGACUCUUUUCGUGCCCCGUACCACGCAUCUGGAUUACCGUACACUGAAACAGCUCAAGGAAUGGACAUGGCAGUUUUGUAUUAUCCGCCCAGUGUGUUCCAUCUUGAUGAUAACACUACAGAUCCUCGGGAUAUAUCCUGCGUGGUUGAGCUGGAUUUUCACCAUCAUUCUGAACGUUUCAGUUUCCCUGGCAUUGUAUUCUUUAGUGAAAUUCUACCAUGUUUUUGCCAAAGAGUUGGAGCCUCAUAAGCCGCUUACAAAGUUCAUGUGCGUCAAAGGGAUAGUCUUCUUCUGCUUCUGGCAGGGAAUAGUCCUAGAGAUAUUAGUGAAAAUGGGAGUAAUAAAGUCGCAUCAUUUGUGGCUGGAGGUGGAGCAGAUUGAGGAAGCUCUGCAAAACGUGCUAGUGUGUCUUGAGAUGAUCGUCUUCUCAGUGAUUCAACAGUACGCAUUUCACGUUGCUCCUUACAGUGGAGAAACUGAAGCUAGGAUGCGAAUGAACAAGAGGGAUUAAAUUGCAGAGAGAGAAGCAAGACACUAUUCCAAAUUUAGACAAAAGAAGAUUUUUGCUUUUUUUCUUUCUUUUGUAUGUCGUUAAUGUGAAUGUUAUUGAUGUUAUGCUACUAACACCAUAGUGAUUUAAUAAAUGUAUCUUUUUGUUUAACCAUA